GUUCUCAUCAGCCAGCAUGCUCGGUUAGCAGUGCAGAGGUUAAAGCCUCUGAGGUAAGGCAAUACUAUUUAUAAUCAUCAGCAAUGUACUCUACAUAUUUGAAAGUCUGAUUUCGGUCCUUUAAAGGCUGUCUGAGAAAGAGUGGCAACAGAAUUUAGAGAAGCUAAAGUUUUUACUCAUUACUGUGAAGCAGAGGAAAUUUCUGAAGCCAAACAGCAUUACUGCAGAAUAAAUAUGCUAAGCAUUGCGGGAAGCCAGAUGAAGCCCUAAAUGAAAACAUUCCCGUUAAUGUUUAACCCCUUUCACUUACACCAGAUCCCCACACAAGCGACAGAAUGAAGAACACCGUCUGAAUUCUGCUGAAGGACAAUGGGACUCUCCAUUUAUUUUUAUGAUGCUGCCGUCUCCUGGCUAAUUUCAUACAAGACUGAUGAGCAGUACUGACAGAACAUACAGGCAAAAUGGAUGAACCCUCCACCUAACAUUCAACUCCACUUUCUGGAAUGCCAAGUGGAAAAGAGGCAUUCUUCCAGCAUGAAAUCCAGUGCAUACCAAUAAACUGAACACUUAAUUCAACUACAAUGAGAAGACAGUAUCUGGAAAAUAGAAGAUGAACCCACUCGAUGCAACAAAAUCAGGAUUUUUACUCUGCAUUGCUGUCUGCAUGUUCAUCUACACUUUCAUCUACCUGAAGGAUAUACUUUCUGAAGGGCCAAAUGAACAAAAAUUUAAUGCAAAUAUAGCAGAGUGUGGAUUUUACCCGGAUGAGCUUUGUUCAGCUCUUUUUGCAGGGAAAACUGCUGCCUUUAAAAUUGGAAACUCUUGUCAGAAUACCUACCAACCUAAAAUACUCAGCUGCAUUCAGACUUCAUGCAACUGCUCUGUGGUUUUGAAGACACUGCAUUUUAUCACAAGACCACUGUCAGACGAAGAAGGGAAUUUCUCCUUGGCAUACAUUAUUACAAUUCACAAGGAGCUGGAAAUGUUUGUAAAGCUGCUAAGAGCUAUUUAUAUGCCUCAGAAUAUUUACUGCAUACAUGUUGAUGAGAAGUCAUCACAGGAUUAUAAAGCUGCUGUUCAAAACAUUGUCAAUUGUUUUGAAAAUAUUUUUCUUUCCUCAAAAAGAGAAAAUGUUGUUUAUGCAGGAUUUUCAAGAUUACAAGCUGAUAUUAACUGCAUGAGAGAUCUAGUUCGUUCCAAAAUUCAGUGGAAUUAUGUUAUUAAUCUAUGUGGGCAAGAUUAUCCCAUUAAAACAAACAAAGACAUUAUACAAUACAUUAAAAGUAAAUGGAAUGGUAAAAAUAUGACUCCUGGGGUAGUUCAACCACUUCAUAUGAAACAUAGGACACAAGUUAGUUACAAGGAGUAUGUACAUUCUGGAAUGUCAUACGUGUAUCCAACAAAGAAUACAAAAGCUAAACCUCCAUAUAAUUUGACUAUAUAUUUUGGUAGUGCUUACUACAUACUCACUAAAGAAUUUGUAGAGUUUACACUGACUGAUGCACGUGCAAAAGAUUUGCUUGAAUGGUCAAGAGACACGUACAGCCCGGAUGAACACUACUGGGUCACACUGAAUCGCUUAAAUGAUGCUCCAGGGGCUACACCACAUGCAGACUGGGAAGGAAACAUACGAGCCAUUAAAUGGAAAGAUCAAGAAGGAACCAUACACAAAGGCUGCAAAGGUCAUUACAUCAGAGACAUUUGUGUCUAUGGACUAGGGGAUUUGCAGUGGAUUAUAGAGUCACCUCAUCUGUUUGCCAACAAAUUUGAGCCUGCAACAUACCCACUUGUUAUGGACUGCCUAGAGAGACGCUAUAGGCUUAAAGUACUGCACCAGGCAGAAGUCCCCAUCGAAGAUCACUGGCGUUUUCAGGAAGAGAACUACUUCAACAUGAAGCUGAAUGUUUGAGCUUAACUAACAUCUAAACAAGCGUUCAAAAUACUGACAGAAAUGUUAACAUUCUUAGCCAUAGACUUCACUCUGUGCAUUAUAGCAUAAGUACAAUACUGUACUACCAGCUUGCCAGUGAAAUAAACAGUUCUUAUUUAUUACAGUAAGAUAAACAGCUACAAUUAAUGGGUUAAUUCUCAAAGAAAAUGACGUGUCUGAAUCUAUAAUUUACUAAAGACAAGGGGGAAUUUCAUAAUCCUUUAAGUGAUACAUUUAACUGGAAAAAUGCAUGUUCCUUGUGUCCUUGGCAAAAAAAGGACUAACCAGUAUGAAAACAAUAAAAUGGAUGCAAGACCGAACAAAGAUAAAA